AUGGAAUCGACUGUAGUGGUGGGAAAUAAUGGCAAGAGAGGGAAUCAGACCUAGUAAACGGAAGCAGACUAAUGGAAUCAGACUACAAGUGGAACCGGUUUCGGUAUAGUGGAAUCAGAAUAAUGAGUAGAAUCAAGAUACUAGAGUCAAGCUUAUGGAUAGAAUCAGGAGAGGCGGAUUCUGA